AUGUUUGUUGUCAUGUUCAGGAUGGAAAAGCUAGAAAUGAAAAGCUUGACCACCCAAGUUAAGGUAAUUGGGUGUAUAAUAACAAUUGCGGGAGCCCUACUAGUGGUUCUCUACAAAGGCCCGGUGCUGAUGAGGAGCCCUACAUCUUCAGCUUCUGUUUUUGAACAGCAGCCAGCAACAGCCACGAUCACCGCCGGCGCCAAACAAUCGGAUUGGGUCAAAGGUGGUGCCCUUCUCGCUGCUGAAUAUGUUAUAGCCUCCCUUUGUUAUAUUUAUCAGGCCAAGUCUGUUGUGAAGUAUCCAGCUGAACUAGUUGUCGUUUUCUUUUUCAACCUACCGUGUAUGAUUUUAGCAGCACCCGUUUGUUUGAUCGGGGUACCAGAUUCAAGUGCAUGGAAUAUAUUCAAACUUGAUGUGCAGUUGUACUCGGUGGUGUAUGGGGGAGUACUGGGAUCAGGCAUCAGUAUUCUUGUCAAUAGCUGGGGCUUACGCAUAAAGGGUCCUGUAUAUGUAGCUUUAUUUACGCCAUUAUCAAUUCCCAUUGCUGCAGUGAUGGGUUUCAUUUUUGUUGGCGAUGAUCUCUGCCUUGGAAGCUUGAUCGGAUCCUUGAUCAUAUCAUUUGGGGUUUUACAUGUUGAUAUGGGCAAAAGCAGAAGAAGAAGAAGACAACGGCAGGACAUCACAAAAGCGUAA